ACUUUCAGCGGAAAGAAAAGAUGACCAAAGUUAAGGCUCGUGAUUUAAGAGGAAAAAAAAGGGAAGAGCUAACGAAGCAACUUGAUGAACAGAAAACGGAACUUGCUUCACUUCAGGUAUCAAAAGUGGUCGGUGGAGGCGCCUCGAAACUUUCGAAGAUUCGUACUGUCCGCAAGAAUAUCGCCCGCAUUUUGACAGUCAUUAAUCAAACACAGAAACAAGAAUUGAGGAAAUUCUACAAGGGAAAGCACUUCAAACCACUUGAUAUUCGACCGAAGAAAACACGAGCGAUGCGUCGUGCAUUGACUAAGCAUGAAGCGAAUUUAAAAACAAAAAAACAGCUUGCCAAACUUCGCAAGUAUCCAUUGAGGAAAUAUGCUGUAAAGGCGUAACUUUGUAUUACCCCUGGUUUUCACGUUGUUUGUUGACUGGAAAGAGUAAAUAUGUUUUUAUCGAUUUCACACACGUAUUACAUUACAUUGACCAUGUGAGGUUAUGUGCA